AUGCUAUUCCGAACCUCCACCAACACAACCACCAAAUGCGCCGACCAAAAUCAACAAGCCUCAAAGCCCGUUGCCCAGAACACGACGAAAAAUUAUUUAUACAGACCAGCCCUGCAAGCGCUACUCGAGAAGUUGUUUCCGGACCAGACGGAUUUUAGUAUUGAGAUGAGAGAUGACCAGUGGCAUUUUGUGGCCCCAAGGGCUAUUGGGGAUGAUGAACUCGAUUCGGUUCGCCAGAAAUGA